ACGGUGCAGUUACCGACGGCCAGCAGUCGCAGACGCGCCAUCGAACACGCCGCUCGCGAUCGCGCUCUCCACUCGGAUUUUCCGUUUUCCAUUUUCCAUUUUCAGUUUAUCAUUUUCCAGCGCUCCAGCCUUUUCGCCUUUUCGGCCCGAUCGUCUCCGCUUCGGUUUCCAUUUCCAUUUCCAUUUCGUUGGCGCUUCAUUUAACACAACCGCUUAGGCUGAAAACGCUCGGACCGAUCUAAAUUUAAUUGUAUCUGGCUUCGGUUGUCGAUUGUCGCGCUGCACUUGAUUUUUUGUUCGUGUGGUUUUUUGCGCUAAUUGCCUGAAUGGCAAAGGCAAAGUGCAAAGUGUGACAGUGCCAGCGAUAAAGAGCAAAAAAUACCAUAGUUACCAACAGAAUGCUGUGAGAGAAGCUGUAUGUAUCUAAAAAGGCUGCUUCCAAUGCGCUUUGCAAUGUAUCUCAAAGAUACACUUACAUCAGAGGAACUAUGCAUUUGUUUUGCUUACAAAUUUAAAAAGUUACAUUUUUUUUAUAAAGUGAUGGUACAAUAAAGCUUGAAGGUUUGAGAGUCUCCUGCCUUCCUCACCGCUCUUCAUCUCUCAAUCUCCGCUCGUGGGCGUAACUGAGGUUCGAUUCGAUUUCUUUCUGGCUUGGCCUAGAGUCCCGGGCCUAAUCCUCGCAAGCUGGAGCCGUGAAUCGCGCCCUGCGAUGUGGUGCGAGCUCUGGACUUGCCGCCGAGCAAUACCACAAACGGGAAGUGCGACUGGAAGCGGGACUGGAACUGGAACGGGAACGGGAAGUUGGCGGAGCAUUGGAGGGCCGGGACAGUGGGUCGAGCAGAUGUAGUCGGCAGCUAGAGCACAGCCACCGUUGCCACCGCCACCGUCAGAUGAUCGAAUGGUGGUGAUCCUCCUACUGUCGCCAUGCACUUGCAGCCGCAGCAGCAGCAGCAGCCACGCCCACGAUCCCGCCCACGCACCACCCAAGCACCAAGCACCACCACCAACCCAAGCAUCAGCCAACAGUGGAGAUUCCCGGAGCAGCAAUGAAUCUUCAUCGGCAUCCACGGGCGACACAGCCAUUCCGGCUGGGUAUCUGCAGUUGCACCACCAAAAACAGAAGGAUCCGCAGCAUUAUCCCCACCAACCUAGUCAUAGUCAUAGCACCGCACCACUGCCCACAGUCCUUGGUCCUGGCAGAUGGCUGCCCCUGCAGCCUCAGCCGGCAAACGCCGUGCCCAAGCCACCGCGCACCCAUGGCUCCAUCGGCAUCGGCAUCGGCAUCCAUUGGCCACCGAACGCCUAUCCUGCCCCGCACAGCGGCCACCAGCCGGUCAUCUUCCGCGUCCAAUCGUCACUGCCAAACGGGAGCUUUACUAACGCCACCACCACCACAACCACCACCACUGACUACGUGCGUCACGUGACCCGCGUUAACUUCUACGACAUUGAUACUUCGCAGGUCGAAUUCGAGCCCAAAGAUGACGAGGAGAGCAACGAGGCCACGGCAAGCAAUUGCGAUACAGAAGCUAUUACCAAAGAAGAGGAGUGGAUUACGAAGCGCAAGACAGAACUCACAACUACCAGACAGAUCGAGACGAGGGUGAAGCGGAAUGUGAAGCUGCAGGACGGCAAGGUGAUCGAGGACUCGGGCCCCAUUGUGUCCACCAACACGACCGAGGACACCGACAAGCAGGAAACGGAAACCACCGAGAAACGCGACCUUGACCUCCCGGAUGACCUCGAUGGCAACGCCCAGCUGAUCGACGUGGCCGCCCUGCAGGCGGGCGCCGCGAACGAGACGCAGUUGGCCCAAAUCCAAGAGGUCUUUGGACCGGCGGAGGGAGCCGGCAAACUGGUCAAGCGCAUGGUUCCGCGCCCGGUGGACGGGCUGGUGCGUCAGACGGACGACAAGCGGGUCAUCUCGCACGAGGAGAUCAAGGACUACCUCGAAACGGAGGACGUCCAGCACCACGGCGACUUCACAGAUCAGACCUACGUGAACGCAGUUCGCGACGGAGUCGAGGACCUCGAGGCCGUCCUCUGUUCGCCGGAGAGCCAGCGACAGCUGGUGCCGCUCGGACCACAGGUGGUGGCCAACCGGAGCAAGUCCCGCAAGACGAUCGACUCGGAGGACACGCAGAAGCGCUGUCUGGCCCAGGAGGACGGCACCCUGGUCACCGAGAGCCGACGGACCACCGAGCACGAGCUUAUCAUCGACGACGAGCUGCCCGAUCCGCCGUCCGCCGCCAACGCAUCCGAUGAACGCCGUCUGCAGCUGCAGGUGGGCGAGCAGGUGACCACCACGGCCGCCAACCAGCGGUUCUUCCGCCAGCGGGACGAGCAGCAUGUGGACGUGCUAGCCAACGGCCGGCUCCAUUCCACCGAGAUGCGCUACGCCGCCGAGACCACGCAGAUGGACAAGGACGGGCCCGCCGACCUGGAGCGCCCGGGCGACUGGGACAGCCUUUCCGACCGGAUGCGCAAGCUCCGUCGCUCCCAGCAGCAGCAGCAGAAGGAGGUGGCCCUGCUGGCGGAUCGCAAGGAUGCGCUCACCAAGCGACCCCUGGACUUCGAUCGCGAGGAGGAGACGCGCAAGGGCGAGACCAUGAAGUGGCUGGAGUCGCACUUCGGCAGCGAGUCCACCGCCUCCAACGAUUCCCGCGACGACGAGGCGGACGCGGAGGUGGAGCCCACCAAGAAGAGCUACUUCAACGUGACGAUCAAGUCGCAGAGCCAGCCGCAGGGACAGGCGCAGGCGCACAUCCACGCCCAGUCGCACCUGGCCACCCAGCAACAUCCGCAUCCGCAGCACCUCUCCCUUGCCCAUCAUCCCCAGACGCUGCCCAGGAGCGCCGAGCGCGAGAGGGAGCGGGAAAGGGAGAGGGAGCGCGAAAGGGACCGCCAUCCACUGGCCAUGACCACAUCCGCCACGCUUGAGCGGAAGCCCCCGUCCAAUGCGGCAGGCGGCGGCCGCUCCAAGUACUUCCAGGGCAUCUCGAACUGGUCGGAGCGCAAGGAUCCCGGCCCGCCGGUCAAUCACUUCUCCUCGAAGGCUUUCCGCGACGAUCUGCAGGAGACUAUCCGGCGCAAUGGCCUCAAGAAGAAGAUCAGCGGUCCCGGCUCCAGCCAGGGUUCUGCUCUGGCCCAGGAGUCGUCCAUGCCGCCGCCCAAGGACAGCUACGUCAGCCGCGAGGAUAUCUUGCAGCAGAAGCGCCAGAGCUUGUCCUCGCAGUUCUUGGCCAGGUCGAUGCGGGGCUCUCGCGAUGCCCUGGACGACCUGGAGGCCAUACCGGGACCGGGCCCAGGACCAGGCCCAUCCAUGAUAUCACCCCGUGCCGAGGAGCCAUCGCACAAGCGAGUGGCCUAUGGUCAUCGCGGCAGCAACUCCGGCAGCCACACCAACGGCCAUGUGGUGAACGGAGUGACCCCCGUGCUGGUGAAUGGUCGGGGUAAGAGCUACGAGCCACCUGCCCCGCCGCCGGCUGCAGUGCCUCCACUGGAGCACGGCAGCCAGCUGGGUCUCAAUCCGCGACCCACCGUCCCGCAGCGACGACGUGCCAUCGAAAAGAAGCUGGGUGAGCACAGCCACAGCCAACACAGCCACGCAUCCCACACUUCGCACACCGGCCACCUGGGAGUCAAGUCGCAGGCUCCGCUGCCAUCGCAGGUCAGCCAUUUGGAGCCUCCGCCGGACUACUCGCCGCCGCCCAGGAGUCGCAGUCGGUCCUCCUCGCCGCAGGUGGACUACCUGAUGACCAGAGAGGUUCCCGCCAGCACGAUGACCCUCAGCCGGAAGCAGCAGCAGCGCACCCGAUUCGCACCCACAUCCAGUUAUCCGCCGGCAACUGGAGGAGGCGGUAGCCUCCGCCCCCCGGGCGCCACCUCGGCCUCCACCUCGAAUCUCUCGGCCAUGAGCGCAGGCGGCGGCCACGGAGGCAGCACCUCCAAGUCCAGCCGCAUGGGCCAGGUGAUUGGCAACUCGCUGCGGAAGCUGGUCAGCAAAAUCCGCUCGGCCAGUGCUGAACGCAAGUUCCGCAUGAAGUCGGCGGCCAGCAAGUCGCGCGAACAGUCGCCUAGUCCGGGACACGAUCCCCGAGGAGUGGGUCCGCCGGUGACCACCUACCAGCAGUACAAUGUGAUCGAUGGGCACAUCGGCAGCCACGACUCCGAGGACUCCAAUAGCGAUAAUCAGCGGCGCAGGGAAAGGGAACGAGAGCGAGAACGAGAGCGGGAAAGGGAGCGGGAAAGGGAGCGGGAAAGGGAGCGGGAAAGGGAGCGGGAUCGAGAGCGGGAUCCUCCCAAGCAGGAGGGCUCAUCAUCGCGGCUGAACUUCAAGCGCGCCGAGUCCGCGGAUCCGCAGCUGCAGCACCUGGAGCAGGCCAUCAGUCCGAGGCAGCGCUACUACCUGGGCGAGGAUCCCUACUCCAGCACGCUCUACGGCAAGGAGAAUCUCUACGAGCGACGCCCACGUCAGCGCAACAUGGAGCGUCCGGACGAGCGGAUGGAGCGCCUGGAGCGGGAGGAUGACUACUACGAGUCCAGGGCCCCGCCGCCGGUGACGGCCGCCCACACGCUGGGUCGCUACCAGAAGCACGGCCAGCGCUUCAGCGGCUCCACGCCCAAUCUGCACCAGCAGCAGCAGGACUACCGCUCCGCCCAGACGCUGCCGCGCAAGUUGCACGAGCAGCGCUCGCAGAGAUUCGGCAGCGCCCUGGAGAAGCAGCCCGCUCCGGGCAGGGGCAGCUACCUUCCUGCCCCCGGACAUCAGCAGCAGCAGCAGCAGCCGCGGGGCAUGCCGCAUAACCACAAUCAAAGCCUGAACCCCAGCGCAGGUGGAAGCCCAAGCCCAAAUCCCGUGCAGCCGCAGGGCCCGGCAAAGCCGGCUCGCACCUACGCCAAGGUGCUGAACCGCAGCAAGAGCUUCAACGUGCACGGCAUGAACGGCAGCAACGAUCCUAGUCCCAUCUACAUCGAGAAGCUCACCCGGAACAACUACCAGACGCGCCAGGAGCCGGCCUUUAGCUACGGCCUGGGCCAGGGCCCCAACGCCAACUACAAGUCCAACCCGCACCUCUUCUCCGGCAAGGACAACUCGCUGAAGGGCGGCCUCAAGAGUCCCUCGAUUGUGAAUCUCAUCAGUCGCAGCCAGAAGGACCUCACCAAGAUCGCCGGCGGCGACGAGGACGACGGCGGCUAUCCGGAGCCGGACAAGAAGCAGCUGUAUCUGCGCGGCCUGCACCAGCAGGCCCCGGACCUCUAUCGGGUGAUCCACGGCGACGAGGAGUACGGCGGGUCCAGGAAGUAUCCGCUGCAGGCCAAGUACUCGCUGGACUCGCGCUCGCCGCCCUCCGUGGAGCUCAACAAGGACACGGCGAGCAUUGUGCGGCGCGGCAGCGAGGUGGAGCCACUGCAUCAUCAGCAGCAGCACCACCACCACCACCACAUCCAGAGCCACCAGCAGCAGAACCUGCGACGCGGCUCGGGAGCCACCAUCAUUGAGCUGCGCACCGCCGCCGGCGGCCAUCGCAAGUGAUUCGCCAUCCUCUCGAGACCACGAGAUCCUGCAGUCCUACAUAGUCGAACGUUCCCCAAGGUCAAAAGUCGGACUAACCGAAUCGGAAUUUAGUUAAAAGAAUGGUUUACAAUGUUACUUUCACUUUCUAUUCAUAAAAUGGGAUUCAACUGCCUGUAAAGACACAUCCUCUCUUUCAAAGAGAAUUAAAAUAUAUAUAUGGCAACCUUACUUGGUGAAAGUUAUAUAAUAACUUACCACGAAUCAAGAUACAUCUCUCAGUAAGCAAACCCCUAGAAAUAUAGCUAGGAACUGUAAAUGAACCCUGUAUUUUUGUAGUACCUAAACGCAAUACAGAACUCGCAUUGGGGAAGUUCGACUAUCCAUCCCCGAGCUCAGCUAGCUCGCCUAUUCCUAACUAUCUGCUAACAAAUGCUCGGCCGUGGGCUUUAGUUUCAUUUGACUAGCAGCAAAUAAAAAUAAAAGGCCAAUCAACCAAUUGAAUGUUAUAUGGUCAAUAAAAGCUACAAAGUUGAUGGUUAAUGGAGAUCGAAAAGCAAAGUUAAUGUUAAAACAACGUGGAGCCCCACUGCCUGCCACGCCUCUUCCAUCGUAAUGCGAUAUGAUAAUACUUACGCCUAAUUUCACGAUCUACUUUAUCGUUUUUGUUUUUUUUUUUACUACUAAUAUUAACGUUUGUUGUAUAGAUACCGUAAACUGGAUAAAUCUAACUAAAAUAACUAAUAUUAAUUCGAUAUUGUACAAUUUUGAUUAAUAAACCAAUUGCAAUUAAAAUUAAAAUAAAGUGCCAAAAUAAACAA